AUGGAAGAUCACGACAUUGCAUACAUGAAACUUCAUUUGAAGGAUUUAAAUCCCUUGAACUUUUCUCUUAUGGAGCAGAAUGCUCCUAGUCGAACCAGAUUCAGAAUCAUAUUUCUCAGUAAAUAUCAAGGAUUAAAAUACCGUAAGUAUCAUUCAGUUGAUGGAAUUGAUGAUGAAUGUGAUGAAUGUAAAGGCGAUUAG